GGCAUGGCUUUCUUCUUUCUCUUUUCCAUCUCUCUCUUCCCAGCAGCUAGAGAUGUGCAGUUCGCUUUGACUCUAACAGAACUAUCUGGGAAAGAUUUUUUGACUCUUGCUGGUAUCCAACAGCAUGUAACACGUGAUGGACAUGGGCCAUAUAUAUGUAAAGUAUGUGGUAAAGCCUUUCACUCUUCUGGUUCUUUCUUGACACACGAAAGAACACAUACUGGAGACCAGCUUUAUACAUGUAAGCAGUGUGGUAAGACCUUCACUUAUUCCAGUGGCCUUCGCCGCCAUGAAAGGACCCAUAGUGGAGAGAAACCCUAUAAAUGCAAGCAAUUUCUGAAAGUCUUUCCUUCCUUGAAUAAGAUUGAGAGUCAUGAACAGACUCCUAAUGGAGUAGAAUACAUAUGUAAUCAAUGUGGGGUAGCCUUCAGAGAUCACAGUUCCCUUCAAUGCCAUGAAAAGAUUCACAAUGUGGAGAAACCCUAUGUAUACAAGCAAUGUGGAAAAGCAUUCACUUGUUCUAAUGCCUUGCGAAGACACGAACAAAUUCAUACUGGGGUGAAACCCUAUGAAUGUAAGGUAUGUGGGAAAGCCUUCAUUGAUUGCAGUUCUCUUCAAUGUCAUGAAAGGAUUCAUAGUGGAGAGAAGCCCUAUGCAUGCAAGCAAUGUGGGAAAAACUUCAUGCAUCACAAUGCUCUUAGAUACCAUGAACAGAUUCACAGUGGAGAAUGUUGCACAAUAAACACAGGAGGUAGUGAUAAUCUUGUUCCGUGUUUUAGCAAGUAUGAUAGCAGCUAG